CGCGCCGUGACGUGUGUUGGGCGCGCAGUGCGCAGCUGUGGUCUGUGUUUGGUACCCACUGCCAUGCCCAAGCGGAGCUGCCCGUUCGCGGACGCUUCCCCACUGCAGCUCAAGGUCCAUGUGGGCCCGAGAGAGUUGAGCCGCGGUGUGUUCGCCGAACGCUACUCGCGCGAGGUCUUCGAAAGAACCAAGCAGCUCCUUUUCCAAGGGGCCCAAGCCUAUAGAGAUCAUGUAUUGGGAGAAGGCUGUUCCAUCAUCCACCUGCCGGAGUCACUGAAGCCUGACUUGGCUGGGGCCCCUCAAGCUACAAGGGGACAGAUGUUGAUUGGACCUGAUGGCCGACUGACACGGUGCCAAACUCAGGCUUCAGAAGCUGGACUGCCUGGGACAGCACCCAUCGUUUGUUCAUCCUGCGUGAGAUCUGUGGAUGGGAAGGCAGUCUGCAGCCAGUGCGACCGGGCCCUGUGUGGACGAUGUAUAUAUACCUGCUGGGGCUGCGGUGCCUUGGCCUGUAUACUGUGUGGCCUUGCAGACUAUGCUGAUGACGGUGAGAAGACACUUUGCACCAGCUGUGCUAUGUUUGAAGACUGAUGUGGCCAUGGACAACCAAGAUGCUCACACUGAAGAGAGAGGAGGUGGCUUUUUUAUAGAUUAUGUUUUGUACCCCAGUAACAAGUGAAUAAACCUCUUUAUAUUUGCACGAGGA